AUGCCUGCACGACCAUUAUCAGCUGGAAAAAAAGGUGCAAAGAAGAGUAGCUCACCGCCGGGCAAAAAAGGCAAGAAAAAGUCUGCUAAAGGUGGUGUUAAGGAUCCUCAUCAAGAACAACUUGACGAACUAAUACGUGAACGCGAAGAAAUCCGUUCGAAACUGAAUCUUGUUUGCUCAAAACUAAUGGAAAAUGUUAAUAUGGACGAUUAUCAAAAUGAAAUCGACUUGACAAAACAACAACCAUCAGAUAUAGCCAUUAAUCAUCUAUUAUCUAUGAUCGAUCAAAUAUGUUAUUAUCGUGUUGCUUUUUUAAAUCUUUUUCAAGAAACUGACGAUAAUAGAAAGUUUUCUGUGCAAAAAAAGAUAACUCAAUUAUCAGUCGAUGAACCCGAAAUGUUUCGAAAACGUCUUACACCAGAUCAGCGUUUAACAUUUGUCACACGUGAACGUGAUGUAUGGAAAGAAAAUGCUCAAUUACUGCAAACAAUGUAUGCUCACAUAGUUGAUCACGUAGAAAUGGAUACAUUUAAAAAGCCGAGUGCUAAGGCUGCAGAUGUUGUUGAAAAUCAUCGAUCAAAUGUCGAAGAUAUUUCUCUCAUAUUCGCUUCUCCUCUUAUACGAUCGAUUAAUGAUGCUCAAAAAUUACGUGCAAAGAAAACGCUUGAUGAUGUUCUCAAUAAUUUACGUGAUCAACAUGCAUUUUUUGAGCUUGAUCAACCACAAAAACAACAAGCAAUUACUGAUAGUACACAUACAUUAUCCAAUGAAGACAUCCCACUGAAAUCCCAUUCAUCCGAUCGAAGUAACAUAAAUGAAAGACGUAAUCAUCAAGUAUCCGUUGGAAAACGAAAUGUUUCAUUUGCCGAUCAAGUCAAUGUAUUUAAUGAUGAUUAUGAAACAGAUAUUGAACGAACAACAGGAUUAUCAUCAACAAUACUGUCGAAUGAACACAAUAUCGAUGAAAAUCUCUCGUCGGGAUCAUAUACGAAUUCUUCAUCUUUAAUUCUAUCGAAUCAAAAUCUAGCCGACGAGAAAUAUAUUGAUAGUGAUUAUUAUUCCAUAUCAUCAUCAUCGUCAUUACAACAUCAACAAUAUGAUAUUCCAUCGCAACUUAAAUAUAAUCUACCGACGAAAUAUCGCCUUCCACUGGCUAAUGAAGUAUUGGUAAAUAAAAUGGACUCAAAUUUGCGUAUGUUAAUUAUAAAAGAGCUAAGUAAAAGCGGUCAUAAUGAACGGCCACUGUCACGAAUGAGCUCAGCGUAUGGUAAUAAUAAUAAUAAUGAUUCAAGUUCGCGUCAACAACAUCGAAGACAAAAAUCAAAAAAUGCUUCAUCCAGUGAAUCUCCCGAAUGGGUAGAAUUUGCACGACUUAUUGGAAUUGAUGAAUCUGAAAUUGAACAUUGGUUAUCACAAAAUCUUCAAUAUCCAGCAGGUCGAGUUAUUUCGGCCUGGUGUAACUAUGCUACGCCUCCGCCGACUGUUUCUGAACUUCACUCUCUUGUUUCAUCAAAAGAAUUAAAUCGACCCGACCUUGCUCGAUAUAUUGAAACGAUGUAUAUUACUGAAUAG